AUGGCUGACUCUACAUUUACCUUUUCUGCCCCAGCCAACACCGACGUCUGGAAGAAACCCCCUUCUCACGACGUCUUCACCGCCCCCUACAAAUCCCUCUCCAAAAACCCCUUCCCCCAGUUCAAAUCCGCCUCCAUCACAUUCACCUCAACAUACACCCACCAAUUCGACCAAGCCGGCAUCGUCCUCAUCUUCACCAAGCCCUCCCUCCCGCGCAAGUGGAUCAAGGCCGGCGUCGAGCACUUCAACGGCCAACCUCGCCUCUCCACCGUCUGCUGCGACAACUGGGCCGACUGGAGCGUCGCCGACGCCUCUUCCGCCGCGGAGAUCCAGGCCGGGCGCAAGGCCGUCACCAUUCUGGUCGAGAGGCUGGAUGCCCAUGAUGGGUCGUGCUUGUGGGUGUAUCGCGUCGAUGGCGAGGAAAAGGUUCCGAUGAGGGAGAUUAAUUGGCCUUUUGGGGAUAAUGGUGGCCAAGGGUGGGAGCUUGAGAUUGGUGCUCUGAUUGCGAGACCGGCCAAGGAUACGACGGAUAGCUUGGAGGCCAAGUUUCAAGAUUUCCAAGUCAAGUGGGAUUCUGCAUAA